GUGUAAAGUCCCAGACCCGGUUCACUCAACCCUCCCGACCCACAGAGCAGAACUGAAGCUUCUGGACCCAGCGGGGUGCCCAGGGUGAACAGAAUCCAUGGAGAAAUUAAAGGCAGUGCUGGAAUUGCAGAGCAAGCACAGCAGCGCCCUGGGCUACGGUUUGGUGACCCUGUUGACGGUGGGUGGGGAGAAAAUCUUCUCCCAGGUGGUGUUCAAGUGUCCCUGCAACGCUACCUGGAACCUGCCCUAUGGCCUGGUGUUCCUGUUGGUUCCAGCGCUCGCACUCUUUCUCUUGGGCUACGCGCUGAACACGCGCACCUGGCGCCUGCUGACCGGCUGCUGCACCCUGAGCACGAGUUCCAGCUCCAGGUCGCACAGCGCAUUGACAUGCUUGCAGAUCAGCCUGGCCGCCUCGCUCGCGCCCCUCACCUGGGUGGCGGUGGCGCUGCUAGGGGGCUCCUUCUACGAGUGUGCUGUCAGCGGGAGCGUGCCCAUGGCGAAGUAUCUGUGCAGAAACCUCAACGGCAACUGCACUACCAAACUACCGAAGGUUCCUUGCAACAAACAGGAGGCAGAGAUGCAGGAUAUCCUGAAUCAGCUCAAGGCUCAGUCUCAGGUGAUAGGCUGGAUUCUAAUAGCGGUCAUCAUCAUUGUACUUCUGGUUGUGACGUCUAUCAUUCGAUGCUGUUCUCCAAUUAGUUAUCUGCACCUAAAAUUCUGGGAAAUAUAUUCUCAGAAGGAAGAGCAGAUUCUUCAAACUGAAGCUACAGAGCAUGCGACCCAGUUGGCAAAAGAGAAUGUUAAGUGUUUCUUUGAAUGCACAAAUCCGAAGGAUUGCUACACCCCAAGCAGUAAAGCCUGGGAGAAAAUCUCUGCGCUGUACACUUUUAAUCCCAAGAACCAGUUCUACAGCCUGCUGCACAAGUACGUUAAUAGAAAGGAGAUGGAGAUGAGUGACCUUCUCUGCUCUAGGGAAGGAGAUACAGUGGUCGCUGCCCUUAGCUUUGUAGAUGCCUCUGGUAUGGCCAAGACUGAUGGGAUGUGAUCUUACAAAUGAGCAGGAGAAAAAAUUAUUUUGAAUUGUUGCUUCAUAUAAAAAAAUACACAUUGGUAUGUUUUAUGACUGCUUGCUUUCUUCCAAAUUGUGAGACUUUUAGAUCUGAAAUUGUAACACAUGUUUAGCUUUUUUCUUUUAUUAAUUGUUAAACAAAACUGAAGGAAAAUAAUCUACCCAAAAUGACAAUCUAGGUUAAAGUGUUAUAUCUUUAUUCCAGGUUUGUGUCAAAUAAAAGCCAUCGGUGAAGGAACAAUUGAACACAUCCUUCUGUUACAUUAUCUGACAUUAAUUUCAAGGUUGGGAUUUUGUUGUUGUUUGCAAAGACAAAGUAUUAGUAUUCUAACACUCGUGACAUUAUAGCUUGCUUUGUGCUAUAGUGGAGAGCACACUUUCUAGUCAAGCUUACUUCAAAUACUAUGAAAUUUAUGACUCGGAUAUGGUUUCUGUAUGAAAAUUAAUCAUGAAAAGGAAAACUAGGCAGUGAUAUUUUUUGCUUUUUAGGUC